AUGAGCGGGUGUUUCAAUAAAACUAUUGUUACUCAUGACUACAAGCACCGCCUCCCGUUACAGCCUUCAUCAUGGAAACAUAUACACUCCAUCCUCAAGUUUUUCCAUGACCUCGAUCGAUCUAUAUCUAUUAUCAAUUUCGACUUGCCAUUUAGUAAAGAUAAUCCGUUUUUCGAGAUUUGUGGUCAAUCUCAUGGUUUGGUUUGUCUAUCGCACGAUAAAGAUGUUUUCCUCUUGAAUCCGACGACUACAGAGUUCCGUAAACUCCCUUCGUCGAUUCUUCACUACACUGGACCUGAUCAUGAACUUCAUUCUUGGAACUCAAAGACGGUUGGGUUCGGAUACGAUUUCAAAUCUAGAGAUUUCAAAGUGGUUAGGGUUGUAGAAUUUGUGCACAUAUACGAUUCAGAUGGUCCAACUAAAAUGGAAAUUUAUGAUUUGAGAAAAGAUAGAUGGAGGGAAAUUGAAUCCCAUUUCUCUGACCAUUUAAUGUCGAUAUGUUCUUUUGAUAUGUAUCGUGAAGGAAAAUAUUAUUGGUGGUCACAUAAUAUGAUACAAACGUUCGACAUGAGCGAAGAAGUUUUUGACGAAAUUUCAAUACCGGACAGUUUAGCACAUGUGAAUAAGGCGUUUAUAACUAUUGGGAUUUUGAAUGGAAACAUUGUUAUAUUUCGUAUAUUUUACCAUCGAAUAAUAGAGAACGAAAAGGACAUAUUGUUUCAUGGUCAAAGCUAUUAG